GGGCCGGCUCCGCAGCGCCGCGCAGGCGCCCCAGGCCCGCGCCGAGCCGAGCCCCUCCUGCUCGCUCCAGGCGUCAAAAUGGCGGCGAGGGAAACCUGGAGAAGCCCCGGAGCCUGAGCCACUGACAGGAGCGGAGACGGGAGGUGGCGGCGGCGACGGCAGGAGGAGGAUGGCCGGGGGCGCUGGCGCCGGUGCGGACGGCGGUGCAGGCGGCGGCGGCGGCGGGGGCGACGGCCGCGGUCCCAGCGGUGGCAGCAGCAGCAGCGGCGGGAGGAGCCUGCGGGAAAUGGAUGAAAAGAGGCUACUGGAUCCAGGGUUGAAAGUUCGUAAAGGCCUCUGGGAUUAUACUCUGAAGAACCAGCAGAUGGAAUGCCUGAGUGACUGAAGAAAAUGGGUGCUAAUGCAUCUAACUAUCCUCAUUCAUGUUCCCCGAGGGUAGGGGGAAAUUCUCAAGCCCAACAGACUUUUAUAGGGACAUCAUCCUAUUCUCAGCAAGGCUAUGGUUGUGAAUCAAAAUUAUAUAGCCUUGACCAUGGCCAUGAGAAACCACAAGACAAAAAAAAGAGAACCUCUGGCCUUGCCACUCUCAAGAAGAAGUUUAUCAAGCGUCGAAAAUCUAAUAGGUCUGCUGAUCACGCCAAGCAGAUGCGAGAACUCCUCUCUGGGUGGGAUGUUCGAGAUGUCAAUGCAUUAGUGGAGGAAUAUGAGGGAACUUCAGCCUUAAAGGAGCUUUCUCUACAAGCCAGUUUGGCUAGACCAGAAGCCCGGACAUUGCAGAAAGAUAUGGCCGAUCUUUAUGAGUACAAGUAUUGUACUGAUGUAGACUUAAUAUUUCAAGAAACUUGUUUUCCUGUUCAUCGUGCCAUUUUGGCGGCAAGAUGUCCAUUUUUUAAAACACUACUUUCUUCCUCACCCGAGUAUGGGGCAGAGAUCAUAAUGGACAUCAGUACAGCUGGUAUAGAUAUGCCCAUGUUUUCUGCGUUGUUACACUACCUUUAUACGGGAGAGUUUGGAAUGGAGGACUCAAGGUUUCAAAAUGUUGAUAUCCUCGUUCAGCUUAGUGAAGAAUUUGGAACACCAAAUUCCCUUGAUGUAGAUAUGCGUGGACUCUUUGAUUACAUGUGUUAUUAUGAUGUCGUCCUUAGUUUUUCUUCAGACUCUGAACUGGUUGAAGCUUUUGGUGGAAAUCAGAACUGUUUAGAUGAAGAGCUCAAAGCUCAUAAGGCUAUUAUUUCAGCACGGUCCCCAUUUUUUCGAAAUUUAUUACAAAGGAGGAUACGGACGGGUGAAGAAAUCACAGACCGAACUUUAAGGACUCCCACAAGAAUUAUAUUAGAUGAGUCCAUUAUACCAAAAAAAUAUGCGAAAGUUAUAUUACACUGUAUGUAUACUGACGUGGUGGACCUCUCCGUUUUGCACUGUAGCCCCUCUGUGGGGAGUCUCAGUGAAGUUCAGGCUCUCGUCGCAGGGAAGCCAAACAUGACUAGGGCAGAAGAAGCCAUGGAACUUUACCACAUAGCACUGUUCUUGGAAUUUAACAUGCUUGCACAAGGCUGUGAGGAUAUCAUUGCUGAAAGCAUCUCAUUAGAUACCUUAAUUGCCAUCCUCAAGUGGAGCUCUCAUCCAUAUGGCUCUAAAUGGGUACACCGACAAGCUUUGCAUUUCCUCUGUGAGGAAUUUUCCCAGGUCAUGACUUCGGAUGUUUUUUAUGAACUCAGCAAAGACCAUCUGCUUACUGCUAUCCAGUCUGACUACCUACAGGCAAGUGAACAAGAUAUCCUUAAAUAUCUGAUUAAAUGGGGUGAGCAUCAGUUAAUGAAGAGAAUAGCAGACAGAGAGCCAAACUUACUGAGUGGCACUGCUCACAGUGUGAACAAGAGAGGUGUAAAAAGACGAGACCUGGACAUCGAAGAGCUUAGAGAGAUCCUUUCUUCUCUCUUACCUUUUGUGCGAAUUGAACAUAUUUUACCUAUAAACAGUGAAGUCCUAAGUGAUGCAAUGAAAAGAGGCUUGAUUAGUACUCCUCCGUCAGAUAUGCUUCCUACAACAGAAGGUGGAAAGUCAAAUGCCUGGUUACGGCAAAAAAAUGCUGGAAUAUAUGUUCGUCCUCGACUGUUCUCUCCCUAUGUAGAAGAAGCAAAGUCAGUGCUAGACGAGAUGAUGGUGGAACAAACAGAUCUUGUGCGUUUGAGAAUGGUUAGAAUGUCCAAUGUGCCAGACACACUUUACAUGGUCAAUAACGCCGUGCCACAGUGCUGUCACAUGAUCAGCCACCAGCAGAUCAGCAGUAACCAGUCAAGCCCUCCUUCGGUUGUAGCAAAUGAAAUCCCAGUUCCUCGUCUCCUCAUUAUGAAAGACAUGGUCAGACGUCUGCAGGAGCUACGACACACAGAGCAGGUGCAGAGGGCCUACGCGCUUAACUGUGGGGAAGGCGCCACAGUCAGCUAUGAAAUUCAGAUUCGAGUACUGAGAGAGUUCGGGCUCGCAGAUGCCGCUGCAGAGCUCUUGCAGAAUCCUCACAAGUUCUUUCCUGAUGAACGUUUUGGAGAUGAAAGUCCACUCUUGACAAUGAGGCAGUCUGGGAGAUGUCGAGUUAGCAGUACCCCCGCUGCAGAAACCGUGUUUACAGAUCCGGACUCUUUUGUGGCCUUCCAUCCACCCUUGCCACCUCCACCACCGCCGUACCACCCCCCAGCUACCCCAGUCCAUCACCACCUCAAAGCGGGCUGGAGACAAAGACCUCCCAGCCAACACCCUUCACGUUCGUUCUCUUAUCCCUGUAAUCAUUCACUGUUUCACUCCAGAGCAGCUCCUAAAGCAGUGCCCCCUCCAGUCUGUUUGCCAGGUGUUCAAGCAGCAGGACCUGACUGUGCCGGCACCACAGGGCUGGGGAGACAGACGGUAGCCGCCGCCGCCUCAGCAGCAGUAACAUCUGAGAGACAAGUGUGUACACAACCUGUGCUAAAUGAUCUAAUGCCAGAUAUCGCCAUGGGAGUGUCCACACUGUCACUGAAGGACAGGAGGCUUCCCGAACUUGCUGUAGACACAGAAUUAAGCCAGUCAGUUUCUGAAGUAGGACCAGGGCCUCCCCAGCAUCUAUCGUGUAUUCCACAGAGGCAUACACACACAUCUCGAAAGAAACACACACUAGAGCAAAAAACAGACACUCGAGAAAAUCAGCAGGAAUAUCCAGAUUUCUAUGACUUCUCGAAUGCUGCUUGCAGACCGUCCACUCCGGCUCCUGGCAGACGCACCCCUUCCCCUUCGCAAGGUGGAUAUUUUGGUCCUGAUUUGUAUAGCCACAAUAAGGCAUCACCAAGUGGCUUAAAGUCAGCCUACCUACCCGGCCAGACCUCUCCUAAAAAGCAGGAAGAAGCUAGGAGAGAAUAUCCACUUUCCCCCGAUGGGCAUCCGCACAGACAAAAGAAUGAGCCGGUGCACCUCGAUGUCGUUGAGCAGCCUCCCCAGCGGUCGGACUUUCCUUUGGCAGCCCCAGAAAAUGCCGGCCACGGUCCAGCCCAUGUCAGGGGGCGAACAGCAGUGGAAACUGACUUGACUUUUGGGCUGACUCCUAACAGACCUUCACAUUCUGCAUGUAGCUCUGAAGCUCCAGAAGAGAGAUCUGGUAGAAGACUGGCAGACAGCGAGUCCUUGGGCCAUGGAGCUCAGCGAAAUACAGAUUUGGAAAGGGAAGAUUCAAUCAGCAGAGGAAGGAGGUCACCAAGCAAGCCAGACUUCCUCUACAAAAAGUCUGCCCUUUGAGAGCAACCUCCAAGUCGUCUGUGCCUGAGAUGUGAAACAUCCCAUUUUAUGAUGUAACCCAACAACUUAGAGUAUUGAUGCCAGCUGAUAACUCAGUUUCACAUUAUUUUAUUCUAGUUUUUGUAUAUACAUGUUUAUUAGACAUGGCAUGCUAAGAGGGUUAUUUUGAAUGCUGCAUCUGUCUAUUUUGUGUUUAAACAAUUGUGUGGGGAAGCAUUUUUCAGAGCAAGCAAGCUGGCCCUUUUUUUUUUUUUCUCUUUACAAAUGAUGGAAUUUUUUUGCACUUGUACUUUUAUCUGUAUUGUUUUUAUAUCAGUAUGUUAAACUUUAUUGCCACAUUUAAAGGACUGUAUUUUCAUACUUUUUUGCAUUUUACCUUUCAUCUAGCAAUUUCC